AUGAAAGGUCCUUCGAGUUGGUCUAUUGGCAUGGAGUGUUUGGAUGUGUUUGCUAGCAUUUACUUCAAUGAAAGGGAGCGUUUAACUCGAGCUUAUAAUGUAGUGAUAACUAGUAUCUUUAACAUGAGCACACCUGCUGCGAAUAUACAGAACGGAUACCUGAAAUUUAUUAACGAAAUUAUAAGCCAGCGUACUAAACACGAAGUUUACCAACUGCGCAUAAUGUCCGAUUCACAACCCUAUCAUAAAGGCCACAUGGGUAACCGAGCGUUACUAUUGGCUGAUUUUUACAUAUUAGUUACAGAUAACUUUGAUACAUUAAAAAACCUAAUGAAGAACUAUAUCACACAAGCGAGUUCUUGGAAUCCUAGUGCUCGCUUUCUGCUACUCUAUAAUAAUCCUAUAGAUUAUGACUCAUAUUUAAAUAUUACAGAGAAGCUCUUUCGGUUUAUGUUGUAUGAAUGCAACGCAUACCGGGUAGCUAUGCUUUUUGCCACGGGACCUACCAAAUACACCUUUAGCGUAUUGGAUUACUAUAAUAAAAUUAAAUGUCAAUCAAUGCAAAUACGUCACAUUGGAUAUUGUCAAAAUGGGAAGGCUCAUCCGAGUUUUAAUAUAGUUUCCACAGUCUUUAAUGUGUUUCUCAAUGGCAUUUCAUUGAAAAAUUGUACUUUUCGCAUGUGUGCCUCAAUAUCUGCACCAUUUGUGGAAGCCGAUUGUAUAACAGGAAUCGAGCUCCGAUUGGUAGCUUUUAUUAAGAAUCGUUUGAAUUUUGAGAUUGUACAAACUUGUGAGGAAGUAGCACGCGGUGAAAAUAAGAAUGGAACUUGGACGGGGCUACUCUCAAAACUCACUGCACGGAAGUGUGACUUUAUACUUGGUGGUUUCUACCCCGAUAAUGAUGUUUCCGAAAGUUUUUGGUUUACUGACACCUAUUUGGCAGACAGUCAUACUUGGUUCGUGAAACUUUCUGAGGUGCGCCCACCUUGGAAAGCACUUUAUAAAAUAUUCAACAAAUACACCUGGGUAUGCUUCGGUUUAGUCCUUCUUAUAAUUUGGUGUUUCUGGUAUAUUUUUGUAAAUAUGAUGCCAGAACCAAAAGCACAUAAAGAACUGUCACUGGCAGGCUUAAACUCAAUGGCGGUAUCGAUAUGUGCGGCUGUGAACGAGCGCCCGCUGUGCAACACGCCACGCAUAUUUUUCUUUACUGUUGCACUGUACGGGCUAAAUGUGUGUGCUAUAUACACCUCGUUACUGGUAUCUGUACUCACGGACCCUGGCUACUUACAUCAAAUUGAUGAACUCAAUGAAGUGGUGGAACAUGGCAUACCAUUUGGGGGAAUAGAAGAAAACAGUGACUGGUUUGAGAAUGAAGAUGAUAUGUGGAUACAUGAUCAAUUUAAUAGUUCGGAAUUAUUUCUACCAACAUCAGAAAAUCUUAAAGCCGUUCAACGUGGCGAACGCGUCAUAUUAAGCAGUCGCAUGUUUAUUAUGCAGAAUAAAAUCGCCGAUGAAAUUUAUGCCUUUCCUCAAAACGUUUUCAACAGUCCCUUGCAGAUGAUCGUCAUGCCAGGUUUUCCUUUGCUUAGCCAUUUCAACUACAUGAUACGUGCCAUGAGUGACAAUGGAAUAUUUUCGAAAAUAGACAUGGAUUUUCGCUACAAUAACUCAUAUUUAAAUCGCAUUGCCAAGAUGAGACCAAAAUUCAAAGAAUCUACAAUUGUUUUAACUACCGCCCAUGUACAAGGACCUUUCGGAAUAUUAAUUAUUGGCCUAUCUUGCAGCUCUUUAUUAUUUAUUGGUGAAAAUUUUUUAUACUACACAUUGGGACCGUAUUUGAGAAAACACUAUGACUGGAAUAUUGGAAAAAAAGCAACCAAAAUAAAUACAAAGAAAGAGAAAAUGAAUAACGGUUUAAAAAGAAUAGUAACAAUGAAACCACAAAGAUAUGAUAAAGUUAAUAAAAAAGAAAAAUCACAAUUGGAAAACAAUAUAAAAACAAUCAAACGAAGUGGACCAAUAAAGUCAAUUGAAUUCAUAGUACCUCAUCAAUGGUUGGAGGGGACCAAUAAAUCCAAAAAAGUGAAACCAAUUAAAAAACAACAAUUUGUUAAGAACAUUUAUAAUAACAAUCCUACCAUACCCGUACCUUUACGUACUCCGAAUAUCAUAACAUUUUCCAUACCGUCGGACCCAAUUAAGCCAAAACAGCAAGUGCAGUUUAUCGGUUUGAUAAAGAAUUUGAAAGCGGCGGAACGAUACGACUCGCCAUCAACAUUCAAGCGAUCAAAACGACAAAUUAAACCACGAUCAGCAAAUCUAGUGUACCACGCAAAACCAGUGAAGAUAAAUAGGUCUCAUCCCAAACUACAUUUAAGCACGAAUUUACUAAAACUUUUUUCUUAUCAUCUAAAAUCCAGUCAAAUAAAUAAUAUUAAAGAAUUCAAAAUUGCCUCCCUGCGAAAUAUGCGAAAUCUGCAACUCACACCUAUUUUUUACAAGAAAAAUGUUUUUAAGUAA